UCUCCCAUUCGCCGCCGCCGCCACCAGGCUCUGGUCGCUCUCCACUCCAUUCUCACUCAAGCUGCAAAUUGCAAGCGAGGCGAACGCCGGUGUGCUCAGACUCCAAAUCCGAGGUGUCGCCGUUCGAGAGAGCAAGAUCAUAGACCUGGACAGAUUAUGUUGCCUUGAGGAGACGGGGAGGUAGAUGAAUAGAAGCAUUUGCCACCACUUUCUCGCCCAGUGCAAAACGCUAAGAGAGCUCCAGAAAAUCCACGCCCAGGCCGUUGCGCAUGGUCUCCACCCACAUCACCAGUCCGUUUCCUGCAAAAUCUUCCGCUGUUAUGCUGACUUUGGCCGAGCAGCUGACGCCCGCAAGUUGUUUGAUGAGAUCCCCCGCCCUGACCUUGUCUUCUUUACUAGCCUCAUGUCCCUCCACAUCCAGUUAGAGCACCACCGUGAGGCUGUAUCCUUGUUCUCACGUGUUGUUGCUGAUGGUCCCCGCCCCGAUGGCUUUGCUGUUGUUGGUGCCCUCGCGGCUGCUGGUGGGGUUGGCGACCAGCAGGUUGGUAGUGCGGUGCAUGGCCUGAUUUUCCGGCUUGGAUUGGACUCUGAGGUGGUCGUUGGAAAUGCGUUGGUUGAUAUGUAUAGUCGAUGUGGGAGGUUUGAGUCCGCGGUAAUGGUGUUCGAUAGAAUGUUUCAGAAAGAUGAGAUCACUUGGGGUAGCAUGCUGCAUGGUUACAUCAAGUGUGCUGGUUUGGAUUUGGCAUUAUCAUUCUUUGAUCAGAUGCCUGUGAAGAGUGUAGUCUCUUGGACAGCACUGAUCACUGGUCAUGUACAAGGCAGGCUGCCCGUACGGGCUCUAGAGCUUUUUGGUAGGAUGGUACUGGAGGGCCAUCGUCCUACUCAUGUCACAAUUGUAGGUGUACUCUCAGCUUGUGCUGACAUUGGCGCUCUGGAUCUAGGACGUGUCAUUCAUGGAUAUGGAAGCAAAUGUAAUGCCAGCACAAACAUAAUUGUUAGCAAUGCUCUCAUGGAUAUGUAUGCAAAGAGUGGAAGCAUUGAGAUGGCAUUUUCCGUAUUCCAUGAAGUUAAAUCAAAGGAUGCUUUCACAUGGACUACUAUGAUCUCAUGUUUCACUGUCCAGGGGGAUGGGAGGAAAGCUCUUGAACUUUUUUGGGACAUGAUUAGGUCUGGGGUAGUUCCAAACACUGUAACCUUUGUCUCUGUUUUGUCUGCGUGCAGCCAUGCUGGAUUAAUAGAAGAAGGUAGAGAGUUGUUUGGUACAAUGCGUGAAAUAUACAAUAUAGGUCCCCACCUUGAGCACUAUGGAUGCAUGGUUGAUCUGUUAGGACGGGGAGGACUGCUAGAGGAAGCAGAAGCUCUAAUAGCUGAUAUGAAUGUGGAACCUGAUAUUGUUAUAUGGAGGUCACUUCUUAGUGCUUGCCUGGUUCAUCGCAAUGACAGGUUGGCUGAGAUUGCUGGAAAGGAAAUUUUAAAGAGAGAACCAGGGGAUGAUGGGGUUUAUGUCCUUCUUUGGAACAUGUUUGCCUCGUCAAAUAAAUGGAGAGAAGCUCGAGAGAUGAGGAAGGAAAUGUUGUCUAGGAAGGUCUUCAAAAAACCAGGGUGUAGUUGGAUAGAAGUUGAUGGUGCUGUCCAUGAGUUCUUGGUAGAGGACAAGACACACCACGCUCGAAGGGAAAUUUACGAAACCUUGGAGUGCAUGACCAGGCAGUUUAAGAUGGAUCUUAGAUCAUACUCUGUUGAUGGAGAAAUAAUAGUCUAGAUUCUAUAAUCAUAUACUGUCCAUUUCUAGCGUGACAUAUGGGUCGUCGCACUAAAUAGCCUUUUUGUUCCUAUAUUGUGUUUCACAAUCUUAUUGUACUUGGUAUCUUAUCAAUUUGUCUCCAUGUGACUCUAGAUCAAAAUUGUAGAGAUUCAGUGCUUGUACAUUGAUGGCAAUAUGUUGCAAUUGUUUCAGUUA